AUGGCCUCCUCAAAAGAUGGAUACACGUAUCCCGAAAGCAAUCUCACCUGGAGAAUCCUCAACCAUGCCAGCAAGCAUGACUACGCUGUCGGGACUUACAACUGCUACAACACCGACGGCGUAAUGGCCAUAAUCCGCGCCGCCGAACGCACGCACUCGGCCGCAAUCAUCCAGCUCUUCCCCUGGACAAUGAAUUUCCACGGCCCCGAGUUCAUCCACUACGUGGUACGAAGCGCUCACGCCGCGCGCGUCCCCAUAGCCGUGCACCUCGAUCACUGCAUCAAGACAAACGAUGUCGAGUUGGCGCUGGCUCUGUCGUUCGAUUCUAUCAUAGUAGAUGCGUCGUCGCUCGACGAGGAGGCUAAUAUCAACUACUGUAAAGAGAUCGUGCAGCGGGCUCGUGCCUUGAAUAUCACCAUCGAGGCGGAGAUGGGGCGCAUUGAGGGCGGAGAAGACGGUUUGCCGACGGUCGAUAUGGAGGCUGUGAUGACGAGGGAGGAUCAAGUUGAGGAAUUUGUCCGGCGCACCGGGGUGCAUUUUUUGGCGCCUUCAUUUGGGAAUAUUCAUGGUGGGUAUCCGGAGGGAGGACCAGAGAGGGCGUGGGACUUGGGGAGACUCGCAGCUAUCGGGAAGUCACUAUCCCCGACCACCCCGUUGGCUCUUCACGGAACGCAUCCUGUCUCGGAUGAGCUCUUUCUCAAAACUAUUCAGUGCGGUGUUCGGAAGAACAAUCUGAACCGCACUGUGCGGGAUGAAUAUACGAAAUUUGUCGCUGAAAAUGCCGGGUCCUUGGAGCUAACCGUGCUCAAGGUCCAGGCCGUGGAGGUCUAUACCAAGUCGAUUGCGCGGAUGAUGGACGUGCUGGGGUCAUCAGGGCGGUAUUAA